GUCUUGUUUUUGCAUAUCAUAUUUUUUUGUCCAUUUCCCAUCUUCGUAUUUUUCUUCUUCUUGCAUGCUAUUUUCCUUUUAACACCCCCCAAAAAUGUCUUCAGAAUUAUCACACCAUAAUAUCCAAGGUUUAACACAAGAAGAAUUCAAAGAACUCGAACCAAUCAUACAAAAAUACCACAUAUUAGAACCAAGCACAAACACAUGCACAUCAAUCAUAACCUACAAAAUCGAAGCACCAUCAAGCAUAGUUUGGCCAUUCGUUAGAAGCUUUGAUAAUCCACAAAAAUACAAACAUUUCAUCAAAGGUUGUAACAUGAAAGGUGAUGGAAACGUUGGUAGCAUAAGAGAAGUCACCGUCGUUUCGGGUUUACCGGCGUCGACGAGUACCGAAAGAUUAGAGAUUUUGGAUGAUGAGAAACAUGUACUAAGUUUUAGAGUUGUCGGCGGCGAACACCGGCUUCAAAAUUAUCGAUCGGUUACUUCGGUUAAUGAGUUCGCUAACGAUGAAGGUAAGGUUUAUACUAUUGUUGUGGAAUCUUAUAUUGUUGAUAUUCCUCAUGGGAACACUGAAGAAGAUACCAAGAUGUUUGUUGAUACUGUUGUGAAGCUUAAUCUUCAGAAACUUGGAGUUGUUGCUAUGAGUUCAUGUUCAUCGGAUUCCAUGGAGAAUAAUAUAUAAUUAAUCCAUAAUGAAUGUUUUUAGAUGAUUAAUUAGGAUCAUCCAUUAUGAACUCUUGAUGUUUGAGUUCAUUAGUUAUUUUUACUUAAUGCAUUUUCAUUGUCUUUCUUCCUAAUUAAUAUUCUUCUCAUCAUCAUCAUAAAAUAAGAAUAUUGAUACAUAUAUUUAAUUUAA